GUUUGGCAGGAUCUCAGGGUCUUGAAGUUGGCCUAAGUCCAAGUUCAGAACCUUUAAUAGUGGAUGUGGGCUGUUGGAUUUCUGUUGGCUCGAGCAGUAAUACUUUGUGCAGCCUUGCUGUGGGCUAUGCUCUCUUCCACCCCAGUGAACCAGACCCUCUCUGCCCAUCUUUCAAAUCAUUUUCUAAAAUGUUAAUAGUCCCUAUGGUUGCAGAUGGAGUAUUUUUUCCCAAAAAUCCCAAAGAACUCCUCGUUGAAAAGCAGUUCAAAAAUAUCCCCUAUAUUGUGGGAAUUAACCAUGAUGAAUUUGGCUGGAUUCUUCCAACUAUGUUGGAAUAUCCUCUAUCAGAAGACAGACUGGAUCAAGAGAAAGCAACAGCUCUAUUGUGGAGUUCCUACCCACUUGUUAGAAUACCCAAAGACCUGACUCCUGUGAUAACUGAACAAUAUCUUGGAGUGACAGAAGAUUCUAUCAAAAAGAAAUGGCUGUUUUUGGACAUGUUGGGGGACUUGUUCUUUGGGAUACCAUCUGUAAUAGCGGCUCGACAUCACAGAGAUUCAGGCGCACCUACCUACUUAUACCAAUUUGAGCAUCGACCAAGCUUUUGGGGAAACUUGAAACCAAUGGCAAUAAGUGCAGAUCAUGGGGAUGAACUUUUCUUUGUCUUUGGGAUUCCAUUUGCUAAUG